AUGGCCGGGAUUCGAGGUUUCCGACCAGGAAACUGGGUGGUUCAGGUUCGGGGCUUCGAGGGGAAUCGAUCGAGACCAGUCUUGUCGGAAGGGGUGGCCGGACGUGGCGGCGGUAGCACGGGGGCGGGGUGGUGGGGGUUUGCGCACAGAGGGAGAAUCGGGACAGAGAGAGAGUGUGGGGUAGAAAGUGACAAAUCAGAUUUUUACCCUAACUCGUUUCAAAAUAUUUACAGUUUUGCCACCGAACUAGUUUUGGUCGCCAAAUCUUUGUUACAACUCCGAUUCAAGCCUACCGCGUGUCUACGGAUUCAUCUCAGUACAACCGACCCAAAAAUUCCAGUCAUUGCCCCAAACUCUUCCCGAGGAAGAAAAAGACGAAAAUACCCCUACCCCAAAGGAGCUUUAGAACAAAGAUUGAAAAGAUACGAACUUGAGGGGUUCGCGAAGGGCCACGAAUUCACUUAA